AUUUAACCUAUAUAUGUACUUUAUGUUAUAUAAGAAGUUCAUUCGAACGUACGAUUCUUAUCUAUAGUAGUUGUAGCUCGUUGUAGCUCCACCAGGUGGCAGCACUUCGUUAAAAAUACCAAUUGUUUUUACGAUAAUACUUAAAUUCGUGGUUAAAGCUUUCUUUUUAAGAUUGCAUUGACGAGAAAAAUAUCGUGCAGUGUCUUUUUGCUUUUAACAACAUUCUCAAUGGUGUGCUCUCACGUUCUGGUCCCGUUAGUCCUUCAUCCGCUGAAUCAAUAUAGUCGUACAAAUCGCUGCCCGGGUCCAGAGUUGGCAAAUCCAUCACUGCUCUUCUAGUCUAGAUAUCAACCGACUAAUUAAUAGUUUCUGUUCAGUUUUAAUUUCUUUGAAGACGAGGACUCGAAGAAAGGAAAAAUUCUUCAAAGAUGGGUCGUACAGUGACGGUAGCUGUUUGCUCGUUGAAUCAGUGGGCAUUGGACUUUGAGGGAAAUUCCAGGAGAAUCUUGCAAAGUAUUCAAGAAGCUAAAGAUGCUGGUGCUACUUAUAGAAGCGGUCCAGAGCUAGAAAUUAGCGGUUACAGUUGCGAAGACCAUUUCUACGAGCCAGAUACGUUACUUCACAGUUGGGAAGUACUCGCGACGAUUCUCAAGUCACCUGUAACCGAGGAUAUGCUGAUAGACGUUGGUAUGCCGGUCAUGCACAAGAAUGUGACGUACAAUUGCCGUGUAGCUUUUCUGAAUCGACGAAUUCUGCUCAUCAGACCCAAGAUGCAGAUGUGCGAGGAUGGCAAUUAUAGAGAAUCCAGAUGGUUCUCGCCGUGGACCAAGGAACGCACAGUGGAGGACUACUUUCUGCCUAGAAUGAUAUCUCAGAUCACCAGUCAGACGGUGGUGCCGUUCGGCGAUGCUGUUAUAUCGACCAGAGACACGUGUGUGGGUUUCGAAAUUUGCGAAGAACUCUGGAACCCGAUGAGCAAUCAUAUUCCAAUGUGCUUGGAUGGCGUUGAAAUUAUUGCAAAUGGUAGCGGUUCGUACUUCGAACUACGGAAAGCAUACGUCACCGUAGACUUAGUCAAGUCGGCUACAUUCAAGUCAGGUGGUUGUUACAUGUUCAGUAACUUAAGAGGCUGUGAUGGUUCUAGACUGUACUUUAAUGGAGGAUCGUCUAUUACCUUGAAUGGUCAAAUCUUAAAUCGUGGUAAGCAGUUUGCACUGGAUGAAGUAGAGGUCAUUGUAGCAACCUUUGAUCUGGAGGAUAUAAGGAGUUAUAGAAAUAAUAUUAGAUCAAGAUCUCAUGUAGCUGCCAGACAACCAAGCUAUCCGCGUGUGAAGGUGGAUUUUGCUCUGACUUCAGAUAAUUUGAUUUCAACUCCUCCAGACCGACCGAUUGAUGUGGAUUUAGGUCCUUAUGAAAACGAAAAUACGACAGGAAAACUUGUAUAUCAUACACCAGACGAAGAAAUUUCGAUGGCCCCUGCUUGUUGGCUGUGGGAUUAUUUGAGGCGUUCUUGCCAAGGUGGAUUCUUUUUACCUUUGAGUGGUGGUGUUGAUUCUGCGUCUUCAGCGUGUAUGGUUUAUUCCAUGUGCGACAUGAUCGUGGAUUCGGUUAACAAAGGAGACACACAGGUAUUGUCUGACAUCAGAAAAAUAGUCGGAGACUGCGAAUACGUACCAACUGAUCCAAAACAGUUGUGCAAUACUCUUCUUGUCACGUGCUACAUGGGUACUGAAAAUUCAUCCUCUGAAACAAAGGCGCGAGCAGCUGAACUCGCUAGCCAGAUUGGCUCUUAUCAUCAUAGUAUAGUAAUUGAUGUUGCUGUGUCUGCAAUUCUAACGAUUUUCCAACAAGUUACUAAAUUGACACCGAGAUUUAAAGUGCAAGGAGGAUCUCCUAGAGAAAAUUUAGCUCUACAAAAUAUACAAGUUGGUAUAUUCUUAUAUGCCCGAUUGAGAAUGGUGAUAGCUUAUCUAUUCGCACAAUUAAUGCUGUGGGUCAGAGGACGACCGGGUGGUCUGUUGGUACUAGGAAGCAGUAAUGUUGACGAAGCUCUUCGAGGAUAUUUCACUAAAUAUGAUUGCAGCAGUGCCGACAUCAAUCCUAUCGGUGGGAUUGCAAAGAAUGAUUUAAAAUUAUUUCUUUCUUACUUUAGGAAGAAACAUGGAAUAACAGCUUUAGAUAAAAUCUUGGAUGCUCCUGCCACCGCAGAAUUGGAACCUCUUCAAGGAGGACAGCUCGCUCAACUUGAUGAAGUCGAUAUGGGUAUGACAUAUAAAGAGCUUGGUACUUUCGGACGUUUAAGAAAGCAGGAUUGUGCUGGUCCGUUCACUAUGUUCUGCAGACUCGUCCACAUGUGGGAUAAAUGUAGCUCAAAAGAAGUGGCGGAUAAGGUGAAACAUUUUUAUAGGUGUUACGCGAUAAAUCGACAUAAAAUGACUAUCUUAACGCCAUCUUGUCACGCGGAGACUUACAGUCCUGACGACAACAGAUUUGAUCAUCGACCUUUCUUAUAUAAUCAUACGUGGAAAUGGCAAUUUAAUGCAAUUGACGAACAGGUGAAACGUCUUCUCAACGAGGAGAAAUCACAGAGAGGUCGAAAGGAUGUGCCAAGGGUACCUGCGAAGCCCAGAUACAUACCGAUCUGCUCCGUAAUCAGUAGUGAGUAAAAAAAAAAAAAAAACCAGUGUAUGUUAUCACUGAUGAAGCUCGAGGAGAAGACAAUAGCGUCAUGAAAUCGUCUUUAAGAGAUUGAUUUCUUUGCGCGUUUAUCGAGCUAAACAGCGGUGACCAACGAAUAAACACCGAUCCCGCAGAGUCGGAGUCGAGCGGGCCGCCGACAAACGACCAUCCAGUAAUUUUGACCCACCGUGCGCACACUCGUAUGUUGCACCUCUGUCGAGGAAUCAUCACACACCGGCAUCAUUCUCUGUUGCAGAUAAAACACAUCCUGGAGUAGUAGUUUAACCGUAGCAGUAGCUCUCUCUGUCUCUUAUCAUUUUGAUAUUGCAGCCUUGCGAGCGCAUCGGAACGCAAGUUUGUUAGAUGAUCAUCUGUGUGACAGACGAGCUCCUUAUAUCAUCACUGCUAUUUCUUCCGUUAGAGAUCCCUCUAUAAAGAAGCAUUGGCUACACUUUGCUGUAAGGAGACUGGUGACUGGAAGAAUUGCAUGACUCAUAGAUUGUAUUAUAUUAAUGCAACUAAUGAGCAACUGUACAAGUAUCAAAAAUAUGCAAUUCCAUAUAUAUAUAUAUAUAUAUAUA